AUGUCCUCCUCCGUGCCUCUCCUUCGUCCCCCAAUUCCUGGCGCCCGCAACAACAAUGGCAGCCCGAGAGCCCCCAAGCUCACUCUGGGUAUCCCUCCUUCCCCCAGCGCCAAACCCGUCACCGACAACCCCCCGCUCUGGUCCCCCAGCAAGUUCCUCAGAUCCAAACCCAACCGACACCUCAACCUCAGCGCUCCUCAGUCAGCAAAAUGUGUCCCAACCAGCACUCAUGCCGAGCGGUCGACCAGCCCCGCCCCCGCUGAGCACGAAUGGCUUGGGGGUGCGCCCAAAUUGUCCCUCCAGACAAACAGCACACCGGCAAACUCAUAUACGACAGCUAAUUUUGUCAUGGGUCUGCGACAGCCAGAUGGCUCAUCGGACCCAUCGUCGGCGAUCAGUUCAGUGUACUCGGAUCGCGAGGGUGGAGACCGCGAUAACAGCGUCAAUGGACUGCUCCCUGAUUUGGACAAGUUGAGUUUGGAGAAGGGCCGGCCCCUCGACGUGGAUGAUCUCGAUGAUGAGGGCUGGCACGCGGCUAGCGAACAGAACAAGAUCGUCGAACUUGGUAGUCUUGGUGAGGGUGCUGGCGGCGCCGUCACCCGAUGCAGGCUCAAGGAGGGGAAGACCGUGUUCGCACUCAAGAUCAUCACCACAGACCCCAAUCCUGAUGUCAAGAAGCAAAUCGUGCGAGAACUCAACUUCAACAAAGACUGCGCGUCACACCACAUCUGUCGCUACUACGGUGCUUUCAUGGAUAAGUCAACGGGUACAAUUUCUAUCGCUAUGGAGUUCUGCGAAGGCGGCAGUCUCGACAGCAUCUAUAAGGAGGUCAAGAAGCUUGGAGGUCGCACCGGAGAGAAGGUGCUCGGCAAGGUUGCAGAGGGCGUCUUGAACGGGUUGACCUAUCUUCACAGCCGGAAGAUCAUCCACCGAGACAUCAAGCCUUCCAACAUUCUCAUUUGCCGUGACGGCAAGGUCAAGCUCUGCGAUUUCGGUGUCAGCGGAGAAUUCGGCACGAAGGGCGAUGCCAACACCUUCAUCGGCACAUCCUACUACAUGGCCCCCGAACGUAUCACUGGUCAAUCAUACACCAUCACGUCCGACGUCUGGUCUCUUGGAGUGACUUUGCUGGAAGUUGCGCAACACCGAUUCCCAUUCCCUGCCGACGGGACAGAAAUGCAGCCCCGCGCAGGGCUUAUAGAUCUCCUUACCUACAUCGUCCGCCAGCCAAUUCCCAAAUUGAAAGACGAGCCUGACAACGGCAUUCGCUGGUCCGACAACUUCAAAUACUUCAUUGAAUGCUGGUAUGUACAUCUCGAGGUUGUCUUGAAUACACCCACUAACCAAACCGAUAGCUUGGAAAAAGAACCUCCUCGACGCGCAAGUCCCUGGCGGAUGCUGGAACAUCCUUGGGUGCAAGACAUGAAAAACAAGAAGGUCAACAUGGCCAACUUCGUCAAGCAAGUCUGGGAUUGGAAGGAGUGA